UCUAUAUCUUGCCUCAGGUCUCGGUCAGAGGAACAGUCAAUCAGAGCAUUGCUACAAAAUGCCUGCCUGCCGCUUCAAAUCGAUUCUCCAGAUGGUGGCCUUAUCAAUUCUGCUGACGAAUACCUCUUCCGCUGAUGUGGACUGUGAUAAAAACAAUCCCUUACCCCGACCCAUCCUGUCUCUGGAUCCACCAUCGAGUGUUAUUCUACCGGGAGAAAGUAUUUCACUCGUCUGUCAUUUCCCUCUCACCCUCUGCAAUGUGGAUUUUUACAGAAAUCACAAAGAGCAAUUAGUCUAUUUUAAUGACGCAAGUUACAUCGCCAAAGUGAAGCUUGAGGCAGAUAUGAAGUGGAAAGGUAAUAACGCCUACACCUGUAAAUAUCUAAGAUACUUCGAGAACAACAGGACCUGGGCAUGUUCCCCACACAGUGAUCCGGUGGAGCUAAUUGUAACAGAUAAACUUCCAAAGCCCACAGCCUCCAUAGAGCCGGUCUCUGGUGUCGUCACAGUGGGGGAACGAGUUCAGAUUAAUUGCUCCAGCAGCUACCCAAGCCCCAUCUCCCACUUGUACAAGAAAUAUGGCACAAAACCUGUAGAAACACGGAUUGUUUCAGAUUCCGAACGGUCAGUCAUCUUGGCCAUGAAAGAUCUCGAACCAGAGGAUAGUGGGGCAUACUGCUGCAGUUUUGAGAAAACGGAAAAAGGGAAAGUGUAUGAGUCAGAACGUAGUUACUUCGUGGAGGUCAAUGUUACCGAUAAACUUCCAAAGCCCACAGCCUCCAUAGAGCCGGUCUCUGGUGUCGUCACAGUGGGGGAACGAGUUCAGAUUAAUUGCUCCAGCAGCUACCCAAGCCCCAUCUCCCACUUGUACAAGAAAUAUGGCACAAAACCUGUAGAAACACGGAUUGUUUCAGAUUCCGAACGGUCAGUCAUCUUGGCCAUGAAAGAUCUCGAACCAGAUGAUAGUGGGGCAUACUGCUGCAGUUUUGAGAAAACGGUAAAAGGGAAAGUGUAUGAGUCAGAACGUAGUUACUUCGUGGAAGUCAAUGUUACCGCUACACUCCCCAAGGCCAACAUUUCUGUCCAUCCACCCUCUGGUGUGGUCAGCAGAGGGUCGAUCAUUCGAAUUACCUGCACAGGAUCCAUUCUGAACUCUGGUGGCUGCUUUCGCUUAUACAGAGACAGUGAACAGAAGGGGGAACUGGACAUGUCUUGCCCUCAGCAGUCGGCCACUUUCACCAUCACUGACACUGACACAGAUGGGAUGUGGAAUUACAACUGUCUUUAUUCCAGAAAAGUGAAGGGGACAUUUUAUCACUCACCCAGAAGUGCUGCGGUGCAGGUAACUGUAAAACGUUCGAACUUAUUCCUAAUUCAUUGGUGUCUCGCGGCUGUUAUCCUCUUUGGGACGGUGAUUCUCCUGGGAAUAGAAUGCAGCCACAUGAAGAGAAAAAAAGAUUCCGAUGGCCGCGUUACUGAUUGAAUAUUUACUGGCUCAAGAGGCAAUGAGGAGACUGCAGUGUGAACAGGCUAUAUUUACCGUUCAUGUCCGGUGGAAUUAUUAAAUCACCAGGGAGCUUUGGCCUCUUCAUUAAAUCUAUUUUGCAUUUGA